GCUCUCUUUGUACAGUUUUCCGUGAGUGGUUGCUGACCGUACUUAGUUUGGCACGUGUAGUUUCAACGAAACUAAAAUAUUUAUUUUGCAUUAAUAAAUCUUUAAAAUCCUACAUUAGAAAUGGAGCGGGAAGAAUUCUACGGAGUCACGCUUAGUGAAAAGGAGCCUUUAGCCCAAUUCGAAAUGGAGGAGCCACACACAACCGCCGAAGAUCAAAAAUUGGUUAUUAAGCAGAUCUGCCUGGGUGCUGAAGCUAAAGAAGGGGAAUUCAAUGUAGUACAGGUUGUAACCAGAAUAAACCAAAAAGAAACUCUGAAAAUCCCUAUUGCCGUUCUUAAAGCUGGAGAAACUCGUGCCUUACGUCCCAAUGUUGAAUUCCUUAACACUUCAGUUACAUUCAAAUUAAUCCAAGGCACAGGUCCUGUUCAUAUGUACGGACAAAAUUUGUACGGUCAAAUUUCAGGGGAAGAAGGCGGCGAACCAGCUUGGUACGAAAAUGAAGAAAUGGAUGAGGAUGAUGUCGAUGACGAUGAAUAUGAUGACGAAGCGUCGCCACCACCACAAACAAAUGGCAAAAAUAGCAAUAAAAGAAAAUAAGCAUAUUUGAGCAUCAAAAGUUUAAUAGUUUCCAAAAAAAAAGAAAUUAAUCAUUUAUUACAAAAAUUCAACUAUGUAAUAAUAACAAAACAUACUUAUUUUUGUACACUUUAGAUAAGAAUAAUGACCAUAGUAGGUACUUUAUAAAAUAAAUAAUUUCAAACAUUCACAA